UAAAAACCUUUGUGGCUUGUCCCAGCGAGUAUUGAUAUUUGAACUACGCUAGCGCGUCCAACACGAAUAUUUUAUUUUCAAGGAGCGGGAAAACCGUCCGAUUUGAAUUUAAAGAACACCGGAUUCAAAAACACUGUUGACUCGUUGAGAAUCUCUCUGUAAAUGCUUUUUUCCGAUCUCCGGUUUUGUGUUCUCAGGCUUCCAUUGCCGCUUUGUAUUGGGCUUGAAUUCUUCCACAGAGAGAUAUGGAAGGUUUUCAUAGCAUGAAGAGGAAGCAAUUGCAAGCGCUAUGCAAGAAGCAUGGCGUACCCGCUAAUUUGACGAACCGUGAAAUGGCGGAUAAGCUUACUUUGCUUCUCGAGGAGGAAGGAGAACCUAUAAAUAAAGGUCCGUCGUGCUCGAAGGACUUGGGGGAAAUAGGCAGUGCAAAUGAUUCUAAGAUUGUGAAUAAGAAUGUGAAGAAAGUUAAGUUUAGUCCAGAUAAUGAAACUUUUAUAUUUGUGGGUUCAGAAUCGGACUCGGAUUCAGAUAAAGACUACACAAUGGUGAAGAAACGGGCGGGCAAGAGAAGGUCUACAGUCAAGCUUCUUUCCAAGAAGCAAGUUCAAGUUGUUGAUAGUGUUCGGGAAAUAGGAGUCUCUGGGAAAAAUAUUGAUCGCCAGGUUAGAAUCACAAGGUCAAGAGCGCAAGUGGUUGGCGGAGACGCAGCGCCUUUAGUUGGGAAGAAGAGGCCGAGAAUAGGCACAAUUGUUGAAAGUAUGGAGGUGAACGAUGUUGGGUUUAGUGAUAAGCCGCCUGUAGAUGCAGUCUCGGUUGAUAGUGUUGCCGGUGUCAUGAAGUCUCAGGCUAUUGGAAGAAGAGGUCGAAGGAAGACGAGGAACUCGAGACGUAAUGAUGGGGUUGUUUUGUUGGAUGAUGUUUCUGACGACAAUGUGGAAGAAGGUGCCAAACAAAAGAAAAUGUCGAAGCCAUCAAGAUCGAAUGUGACAAAGGAGAAAGGCUCUUCUACAUUAAGUACGAAAAUGGGGGAAAUUGGUGCUGUUGGUAGGAUAACGAGGUCCCGGACUCAGCUUGACGCUAAAGCUUCUGCAGUUGAUAGUAGGGCUAAUACUGUUGAGGUUCAGGUAGAACGUGAAGAGGUUCUUCAACUUGAAGAACCCUUGAAGGGUUUAGGUAGCAAAGGCUUGAAGAAGAAAUCUGUUGGACCCCAGAAGGCGAGGGUGAAAAUCGAUAUCCUUGCUAUGGAAGGUCCUGAACCAGGAAAAGUUCUGAGACGCUCAAAACGAAAUGCAGCAAUUGACGAAGACUCAGAACCGUCGAUAAGGGAUUUAGGAAAAACAAAAGUUAGGACCAGACGGGCUGAAGCCCAGAUUGUGGAGAAAGCUUCUGCAGUUGACAAUGAAAGUGAAAGUUUUGCAGAUCAGAAAGAAUGUGAAGAUGGCGUGAGAGGUCCAGGCAGAGAUGCCAAUAAGCAGGACUUAGUUGUGCCACAGAAGGGUAAACUGGUGAGCAAAGGACCACUGCUGAGAAAGGAGACUAAAAAACGAUUAAGAAAUGCAGGCGUGGAAGGGAACACAGGAGCUAAUCCGACUGUAGAACCUACGAAAGAACAUGAGAAGCUUUCUUUACCACAUGGGCGUCCAAGGAGGUCCAACCGCAACAGCUUGAUGCUCACAACUAGUGCCCACAUGGUUGGAGACAUGAGGAAUCGCGAGACUGCUGGAAGAGUUAAGCAAGCACGAGAAUCACUUCAAGGAGAAAAUUUGUAUGCAGUGGAAGAGCCUCUGUCCAAUCUGAAUGCGUCAAGAAACGAUUCAAUUUUCAUCUCUAAUGCUGAUGGAGCAAGAAAGGUUGGGAGGAUGAAGCGAAGACGGGAACCAAACCCAAAAGGAAAAGGUUCGGUCAUUGAAAGUGAAAGCUCAAUUGAAAAAUCUCCUAGACAUUCCACGCAUGACGUCUUGAAAAGCGAUUUUGUAGCGGCCAUUGAAGGGCCUUCUCCAAUUGUGGAUACUGGGUCCGCAGUGCAGGACACUGUAGAUCACCGAAUUAAUCCAGACUCCAGCUGCAUAAAAGAAAUUUCAGGAAAAUCCAUGGGGAAACAGAAGGGAUCCACGAGGAAAUCUAGUGCAAAGAAGGGACUUCGUUUCUUGGAGGUCUCUGCUGUAACUUCUGACUUGGGCGAAGUUAUCGAUACUACCACGACUGUAAAGGAAAAGGUGGUCCCAACACCUGUGGAGUUGAAGGGGAUUUCCACGGACCAAUGUGCACAUAAUUCCGUCACUGAAUUAGAGGUUUUCAAUGAAAAGGAAAACAUUUUACUAGGAGAUGUCGAAGGGAAAUUGCCCCUCAAUUAUAUUAGUGAGGGUAACAUGGAUGAUGAGCCAUGUCAGUUAAACAGCAGAGUGAAUAUUGCGGAUGUUGAUUCGGUUAAACUAGAACCACUAAACAUCCAAAGUAAAGUUGGGAGCGUGGUUUCUUCUGGCAAUGCCUCUCCAGCUGAUUGUUUGCUGCCUCUCUAUCAGUCCUAUUAUAAUGGUGAAGCUGCCAACCUUUCGGAGAUGAAAAGAAGAAGAUUGGAAACAGAAGAACCCUUGACAGGCGAAAACAUGAACCUUAGAAGUGAUAAGCAAGAUGGCCAAUCAGAUGGGGAUGACCAGACUUCAGUUCAGGAGGAUCAGCACCAACAAGAUGCCAAUAUAAUUGAUAAACUCAUAAUUCAUGAGAUAGUUGUUGAAGAUCAUCCGAGUCAACUCAGGGAAAUUAGAUGCUCAAACAGAAAAUUUAAACAUACCUCUGAGAGAGGUCAAGAAAUUAGUGCACUUGAUCUGUUUGAAGGAGAGGAAAUAGACCAAGUAGAAAUCGUCGCAGGGGUUACGGAAAUAGAGCAAACUAUUUCAGAAGCCAAUCUACUUAAUACUGAAACUGGCGAAGGAAAACAUGGCCACAGUGAUAUAGCUGCAACUCCGCUUAGACCUGCAUUAGAAAGUCAGGCCGUUUCAGCAAUUAGCAAAGAAGUGAUAGCCAACUAUCUUGGUACUUCCUCACCUAAGAAAGAUGCCCUAGAAGAAGAAGAGAAUCAGCCUGGAGCCCAAAGUAUUGCACAAUCCACAAUCCUUGAAAGAAGUAACAAAAAUCAUGUUGGAGAAGAAAAAUAUUCUAGUUAUAGAAUUGAAGUUCCAAAUGAAACAAUUUGCAUAGGUGAAACUUCUGAAAGUAACGCUGUGGAGAAAAUCAGGACUGAGCUGGAGAUGACAAAUGAAAACAACAAUGAAGAGACAUUGCAUAGUGGGGAAGGAGUACGGCCAACUUCUAAUAAAGAGCCUCUUGACAGGGGCUCUGAACAAAAUUUAAGGAUUGAUGGAUGUUGCCUUCGUAAUUUAGACAGUGGAGUUGGUCAAAGUGCUGAGGAAAAAGAAAAUGACGUCUCAGAUUAUAGCUUUGAUACAAGCUUUGUCGAAACCUACGUUACAUGUUUGCAUGAACUUUCUGCUGUGGGGAGAAUCACUCCGACUGUUCCACAAGAGAUGGAUACUUGCACAGUUGAAAAUACUUCCACCUCUAUUGUUGGAUUAAAAUGUCCUGCUUCUUCUGCCAAAGAAGACAUCGCCCCUAGUAAACCCACUUCUCUGAAAGACAAUGAUGAACAAGAGGGAGGUGAAAAUAUGAACCUUAGAAAUGAUAAGCAAGAUGACCAAUCAGAUGGGGAUGACCAAACUUCAGUUCAGGAGGAUCAGAAUUUACAAGAUGCCAAUGAAAUUGAUAAAACAAUUAUUCAUGAGUUCGUUAUUGAAGAUCAUCUGAGUGAACUCAGGGAAAUUAUAUGUUCAGACAGAAAAUCUAAAUAUACCUCCGAUUCAGCUGAAGAAAUUAGUGCACUUGAUCUGUUUAAAGGGGAGGAAAUAGACCAAGUAGAAAUCCUUGCAGGGGUUACAGAAAUAGAGCAAACUAUUUCAGAAGCCAAUCUACUUAUUGCCGAAACUGGCAAAGGAAAACAUGCCCACAGUGAUACAGCUGCAGUUCCCCUUGGACCUGCAUUAGAAAGUCGGGACGCCCUUUCAGGUAUUAGCAAUGAAGUGAUGGCCAACUAUCUUCGAACUUCCUCACCUAAGAAAGAUGCCCCAGGAGAAGAAGAGAAUCAGUCUGGAGCCCAAAGUACUGCACAAUCCACAACGCUUGAAAGAGGUAACACAAAUCAUGCUGGUGAAGAAAAAUAUUCUAGUUAUGGAAUUGAAACUCCAGAAGAAAGAAUUUGCAUGGGUGAAACUCCUGUAAGUAAUGCGGCGGAGAAAAUGGGGACUGAACUGGGCAUGACAAAUGAAAGCAAGAAUGAAUCAUUGCAUAGUGGGAGAGCAGUACCAACUUCUGGGGAAGAGCUUUUUGGCAGGGUCUUUGAACAAAACUUAAGGAUAGAUGGUGGUUGCCUUCCUAUUUUAGACGGUGGCGUUAGUCAAGGUGCCGAGAAAAAAGAAAGCGACCUCUCAGAUGAAAACGUCGAUUUCUGUUUUGAUGAAACUAAAGUUACAUUUUUGCAUGAAUUUUCUUCUCGGGGAAAAAUCACUCCGAUUGUUCAACAAGAGACGGAUACUGGCAGAGUUGAAAAUACUUCGACCUCCAUUGUUGGGUUAAAAUGUCCUGCUUCUGCCAAAGAAGACAGCUCCCCGAGCGAACCCACUUCGCUGAAAGGCAACGAUGAACAAGAGGGAGAAGGGAAUCAUCUUAAAGACCCAUUGCUAUUAUCACACAAUGGAAGAAAUGCUAUUGAGAGUGGUGUUGCUUUGUUGCAUAAAGCGGAAGACUCGGUUUUAACUACUUUUAAGGUUGAUGCUGCAGAGGAGAAAACGGAGGCAAGAAGUGCACAAACGGAUUCGAAUGAUGAAAAUCCAAAUGAUGCUGCGAAAGAUGUGAUAGAGCCAUCGUCUUUACUUCAUUUUUCUCUGGAGGAGUCGCAGGGUGGAAACAAGAGUGAGAGUGAAGAAGUGAAUAAUAUUUUGGAUGAGCUCUUAAGCCCAAACAUAGUUGGAGUUCGCAGUGCCGAGAGAAGUGCAGAAGAGAAAGUUACUUCUGGUUUUGAUGGUACUAAGCUAUUUCCCUUGGAAGCAUUAAAUGCAGUGAGUCGUCAAGAAUUAUUCUUGGAGAAGGUUUUUGAUGACGAAGUGGGGGUUAUACAUAGAAACAGCAAUGUAAAGGCUCUUGAUGAUAUGCUUUCAAGUAAAAACUAUAUGGGAUCAAAGGAUAUUUUCUAUGCUGAAGGACAGAAAAGAGAAUUAUUUGCUGAGCAGCGUGACCAUGUGGACAUGAAGGAGUAUUCCGAGUGUUCUCAGCAAGUUGAACUUGGUGACCACCGUGGUGGGGAGGUGGUUGGACUGGUGAGUCAGAGUCCGGAUUCAACUUCAGGGGACCCUUGUGAUAAUUUUGCUAAAGGGGAAGUUGGUGAAAGUGCACAUGACGAUGAUAGCUGUGGAAUUAGUGCAGCCGUACCAGAUGAAGCAGCUCACACUGUGACCAUGGAAAAAAUGGGUAUUGUUGAGGCAAAACUAGUAGGGAGUUUGCUAACUGUUAGUCCAGUUGAGCAAAAGAAGCCAUAUUAUGGUUCUGGGGAUGAAGUUUUAAAGAUUGAUGCCUCUGCUGUAUGUACUUCAAAUGAGGUCUUACCCAAAGAUAGUGAAGGUAUAGAGGAGACAUCAAGCGGAGUCGUACUAACUUCUUUUCAAUUGGAUGAAGUGAGGUUUGGCAAUCUUGACAAUCAGAUAUUAGAAGUUUCUCCAGAGUUGGAUGGAAGUUUUUCCAUUGGUCUAGAUGUCCUUGUGUCCAUGGAUGACAAACCUGCAGAUAGAGUUGAAAAUUUUGAAACUGUGGCUGCAGAUGAAGCUGAUGCAGAAUGUAGUGGGAGAAAAAAUGAUUCUGAGAAAGUUGGGGAUGGUGCUAAGCUGUUUGAAGAAGCACUGGUUUCUCCGCAUUUGUUUGAUUGUUCCAGUAAGUGGGAGGAGAAAGAGGCAGAAAAUAUUAAUUCCUUUGCCGAUACCUCUUGUGGUAAAUAUGAAAUUCAUCCAAGUGGUGUAAUUGUCUCAAUUUCAAGUGUUUCUUCAUCACAUGGAGAUGAAGAUGGAUUUGACAGUUUUGUUGAGGGAAACAGCUAUGACACAGAGGGAAAGGAGAUGGCUGAUGAUGGUAGAGGAGAUAAUGAAGUUUCACCGGAGGAAAGAGUCGGGGCCCAGAAAAAUGAUGGUCCAGUGGAUGGUAACGUGGAAAAUAGUGCAACAGCCCCUCAAGAAUUGGCCGGAGACCAAGUUGAUGGCCAAAAUGGUGCAGUAACUCAUGCUGAUUUAAAUGGCAUUGAUUUUUUGACUUUUAAUGAGCCUUUACGUAGGAGUAGCGUUGAUAAGACAGAGGAAGGACUUGGUUUUAAUAGGCUUGCUAAGAUGGGCAUUGACAGUGCCAGCUCUGAGGGUCCGGGAUAUGCAGAAUUUGAGAAUUCCCAUGUUGUAACUUCAGAGAAAUCUGAAGUGGCUGUUAAUCACGUUGUCCUUCCAACAGUUAUUGCUUUGCCAAGUUUUGCAACUAGAGCUUUGGACUCAAAUGAUGAUUCGUGUGCAUUCACCACCUGGGAGCUGAAUUUGCUUCUAGGUGGCAGUGAAGAAGAUGAAGUUGAGAAAUCAGGUGGAGUGGACUCAGUUGCCAAUCUAUUGAGUACAACUAGUGAGGAUACUGAGGAAGUGUCAAUGAAUGUGGCAAUUGCUGAAGACCAGCAUGGUACUCAUGAGCAGCAUAUGGUAGAGGAUGUUGCACAGAUGGUAGGCAGUUGCCUUGCUGUCUCAGAUGAGCCUAUCUCUGAAAAUGACAAUGAAUCAAAGAAACAAGGUGAAGUUUUUGCCAUCACCCAAGAGCACGCUGGUUGUGAGAAUGAUGAACAUCAGUUUAUCAAGGUUGGGAUUUCAAGCAGUUCCAUAGAUACUGAGAUACCGGACGCUGCUGACCUUGAUGUCAGUAAUCGUGUUACUGCAGAGGAAACCAUGGCAGAAUGUGGUCACAAUGAUUCAAAACAAGUGCAAAAUAAUGCUGACGUUGGAGGUACAAAGUUUUCAGUUGGAAGGGAUGGAAGUGAACAUAGAGUAGAAGCAAUGGAGAUUGAUGUGCCAAAAAUAGAUGCAACAAUUGAAGAACUAUCUCCUGCUUCCACAAAUAUGGUUGUUGGUAGAGAGAUUGAUGCUGAAUUUGUCCAGACUCCACAAUCAAAGUUGGAAUCACCAAAACUGAAGGAAAAGGCCAGUUUGUCUGUCAAACAGUUGAAUUCUUCAGUGGUGAAAGGAACAAUGUUUAAAGCUAGUCUGAUCCCAAGAACGCCCAAGAAUCUUAAUAUGAAAGAGAAUGUGGGAAGCAGCAAGAAUGAUCAAAUUGGUAACACUACAGCAGCAAGAACAAUGCCCAAAAGGCGCCCGUUGGAGGAUCUCCAAAACAAUUAGAUUUAAUAGGUCCUGCUUGUUAUUUAUUAGUAAUUUGUGUUGGGUGCAAUUAGGCGAGUUGACUUUGUAUUUAGUACUUGAGCAUACCUCAUGCAGUUACUCGUGGACACGGGGAUGUUAGAAUUUGGUAUUUUGUACAAUUUUUUUUUUCCUUAUUUGUGGGGAAUGAUUGUUUGUCUUGAGAGAUUAAAUUCGUUUCUAAAUGUAUGACUAUGGAGAAUUUAGUGAUUAAUAGAACUACAAUUUAUAAA